AUGUGGGCUGGGCUCGUUCUGAUAGCGGUGACGCUGGUUGCCUCGCGCGCUGCCGAAGACAAUCUGCGGAUUGCAUUGCAGCAGGUGACCGGACUGACAGACACAGAGCUGUCCCACUUUGCCGAUGAGCUGCUCGCCCUGCAGCCGCCAUCCCAACGAGACCUUUGGCAGAGGAAAGUUCACUGCACUUUGGGGACUUGUGGAGCGGAGGCAACGAGUCGCCUCAUCGCCGCUCUGGGCGAGAAUGAGAAGUUGCCUUCCAGGACCUUCGAGCUCUUUCCUGGUGACCCUCUCUAUGAAUACUGGAAGGAGUCGGACAGACAGAAGUUUCAUUCCUGGAUUGAUGGGGAAGCUGCAGAGGAAGAAACGAUCGAAGCCUUGAUUCCUGAGGGGCAGCCGCUGGCAUCUGGCCGAAUCCAAGCAGCUCACUUUACUUGGAAGGUGAAAGAUUUGGUCUUGAAGCUUCUUGGCCCGGCAGCUGGGGCCUUUGGCGCCUUGGGGCGCUGUUUGGAAUGGGACACCCCCUUUUACACCAUCAAAGCCUUUGGGCCGCUCUGCUUUCGCCACGAUGUGCUUCAGUACGCCGAUCCCCGCGCCGGCCAUCCUGAGAAGAUGCAGACGUACAGCAAGGGUACCAGGGUGAUGGCUUUGGACGUUCUUCGGCCACCCGCUUGGAUGCCUUCCGACUAUGGCCUGGUCGUGUGCUUCUUCGUUUUGGAGCAUGUUCCGGACCCACACCAAGCUGCGCGUGGCAUUGCGAAGUUGCUUCACCCAGGUGGAUAUCUCUUGCUGGGCGCUCCCUUCAUCGACGGAGUGCACGGCUGCCCUGACGACUUCUUCCGCUACACGCCUCACGGGCUGCGAAAGGUGGCAGAGGGAGCCAAGCUGGAGGUGCUGCUCGAGUUCUCUCCCGGCACGACGGACUUUGUUGGCAUGCGGUCCUCUUAUUGGCGAACGGAGGAGGCCUUGGGGAGUCGUGCGCGGGUCAAGAUUCGAUUCAUUGCACUCGGACUAUUUUUGGAGGACUGGGCGGAGUGGGUGGAGGACGAGAGCGACCUUCGCUGCCACGCGGAGAUCGCCAUCCUCGAGAACCCGGACCAGGACAUCGCAAAGCAGGCGCUUGCGAUUGUCCUGGAACGGCUCGACGGGCGGAGUGGCAUGGACUACUCCGGCCCGGAGGAUUGGUUGGAGGCAGUGAAGCAUCUUCGCGAAAUAGACAGGGAGGAACAGCUUGAGCGUACCCAGAAGCCCAAGGACUGGUGGACCUGGCUGCAGGGACAAUCUGCCUCUUCGGCUGCGCUGGCCGGAGGUUCAGAUGCUGUAUAG